CCACCUCUGUACUCAGUAGCCAUGGCUUCUCUUUCCUCUUCUAUUCUUCCUACACUGAUGGUUGUUCUUAUGUGUUCCCAUGUCAGGGGAGAACAAGGAAGCUAUCACAAGAUCAGUAUUCAUUCUUUAUUGCCUAGCAAAGUGUGUUCAUCAUUCAAAGAGUCUGCAAACUUCAAUUUUACGAGGUUGAAGGUAACUCACCGGCACGGACCAUGCUCGCCGCUCCGCAGCCACCCGACGCCCCUCCCUGAGCAGAUUCUAGAUGAGGAUCGAUCCCGAGUCGAUUCACUCCGCCGCCGGAUCGCCGCCGCCGCUACCUCGGCCAAGUUGGACAGGCAGCGGGGGUCGCAGGUGGGAUCGAAGAUCCCAGUGCGGCCCGGCAGCUCUGUAAGUACCGGAAACUACGUCGUCACCGUCGGAUUCGGCACCCCGAAGAGGGACCAAACCGUCAUCUUCGACACCGGGAGCGACAUCACAUGGAUCCAGUGCCAGCCAUGCGUCACCUACUGCUACGAGCAGCAAGACCCGAUCUUUAACCCAUCUGCCUCCUCUACUUACGCCAACAUCUCGUGCAGCUCCACCUACUGCUCCGAUCUCGAUAUCUCCGGCUGCAGCUCGUCCGCCUGUCUCUACGGGGUGCAGUACGGCGAUAACUCCUUCAGCAUCGGCUUCUUUGCCCAGGACACGCUCUCGUUGUCCCCCACCGACGUAAUACCCAAGUUCCCGUUCGGGUGCGGUGAGAGGAACCGCGGGCUCUUCGGCAAGGCCGCAGGGCUGAUGGGCCUCGGCCACGGUAAGCUGUCGCUGGUCACGCAGACGUACCAAAAAUACGGUGGCGUCUUCGCCUACUGCCUGCCGCCGACGUCGAGCUCCACGGGCUACUUGACCUUCGGCACCGGCUACCCAUCGUCAAAAGUCAAGUUCACGCCGAUGGUGACGGACGCGAGCACGCCGACUUUCUACUACCUCAAUCUGAUGGCUAUAAGCGUCGCCGGCCAGCGCCUCCCGAUAUCGGCGAAAGUGUUCAACGACGCCGGGACGAUCAUCGACUCCGGCACCGUCAUCACACGGCUCCCGCCGACGGCGUACUCCGCGCUGCGGUCGGCGUUCCGGCAGGCCAUGUCGAGCUACAAGACGGCAUCUGCGCUGUCCAUACUGGACACGUGCUACGACUUCACAGGACACAGCACGGUGUCCAUUCCGACGGUGGCGUUGCAGUUCGGCGGUGGCGUGACGAUGGAGCUCGACUUGUCGGGGACACUCUACGUCGGGAGCCAGUCGCAGGUCUGCCUAGCCUUCGCCGCCAAUGGCGAUGACAGCGAUGUGGGCAUACUGGGGAACGUGCAGCAGAAGACCUUCAACGUAGUCUAUGAUGUCUCCAAGAAAAAGAUUGGGUUCGGCCCAGGAGCCUGUUAGGUUGAAGCUACUUAACCUGUGGUUGGGAGAUUGAUCAAUUACAUGAUUGAUGAUGAACAAACCAAAUUAGCUAUGAAUAAGAAUGUAAAGGCAGCAACUUUACUUCA